UACUUUUUUAGGGCCAAAAUUGAAAUAACUGAGAACGGACGUGUAUGCUCGUUCUUCUAUACUUUGAUCUAAAGUCUAAAUGGUAAAUUGGUAGAAAGUUGCGAAAUGCAACCACAAUGUAUAGCGAAAGAAGAGCCAAGCCCCCACUCGUCAGUCCUUCGCCUGCUGACGUCCCCUCUCCGACUGCUCUGCGCAACCAUUUGGCAAGUUGUCCAGGAGAGGGAUGUGUUGAAUUAUGGGAUGUUGGAAGAAUUUGUCACGUUAAUGACUGAGUCGGCCCCUGAGUUGUUAAGUCACAGACAAAGGGCCCAGCUCAUCCUUGGGUUGCGAGCAAAGGUGGUCCUUGAGGUGUGCAGGUCUGAGAGCUCAGCUGACACAGAAACCAUCCAAUAUCACCUGGAAAGAAUCCGACUUCCUGCUGCUCUUCUUGCAGAGUCUUCGAUAAGAGAUGCGGACGUUGAAACAUCAGAGUCUAAUUUCAUAGCCCUUGUAGAUAUUCUGCUGAAUGACCCUAUUGAAAGAGAUGUCUUCUUUCAGGAGGUGUUCCCGGUGGAGUAUGGUCCGAAGUUUGACCUUGCAUUGCAGAGAUUGAUCUGGAUAUUUGUCUCCAGGCUUGAGGAAGUUCUUUGCGUCCCAAGCAUAUAUGAGGUAGCUUCCAUGUUAAGUCUAGCUCCUUCUGUGAUGGAGGAAUGCUUUCAAGCCCUUUCACAUCCUCAGGAAUUGCUGAACUCUCUCAACCACCACAAAAACCAUGCAGAUAAACAAACCAAGGCUAUUUUACCAGAACAGCCCUCUGCAGAUGAUGACUGCAUCUUCUCCUGCCUCUCACAUCCCCCUUUGGUGCGAGUAGUGCUGGACCCCGAGCGCAAAGCCUCUGAAAUUGAGUUGGAGUCCUCCUACUGUGAGGAGGUCUCCGUGGAAUGUGAAGAAGUGAGUGCUCCGGCUACUGAGGUGGACAUCGAGGAUGUCAAGUCCGAUGAACCAAUGAGCGCUGGCAGCGAUGCAGAGGAAGGGCCAGGGCAGUCGGCGGAGUCUGCUGAACGCCAGCGUGCCGGUGUGAAUGUGGACGGCGAGCGCCAUGAGGGUUGGGUUUGUGAGGAAGCGAAGGACGUUCCACCCAAGGAGAUGCCGACACCUCCUGAAGAACCGGAAGAACCGGAAGAGCCCUCAAGCUCCGGGAAGGCCACCAGCCCAAGCAUCGGGUUCAUCAAUGAGGACGGAACGGUGGACUACACUGAAAGAGCGACGGUCGAGGACAGGCCGGAGGGGAGCGAGACGACCGAAGACGGGGAGGGGAUCCCGAGGAGCGCUGAGGCACGGCCUGAAGAGCCUGUCCACGGCUCCAGUCAGGCUGCACCCGCACACGGAGCCAGGGUCAUCUAUCUGCUGCGCCAGCCCACCGUUAAGCUGGAGAGAAUCGAUAUCUCGGGAAAACCUUUGCCACCCCCUCUCCCAAGACAGAGCGGCAGGGUUCGGAAGAAAAGACUUCAGUUGGUCUGGAGGAAAAACAGAAGGCCUGAGAUCGUUUGGGUAGAUUCACAAGAUGAGCCUGAUCCAACUCAAAAGAAUGUGAGCUCUGCUAUGAUUCCAAGAACAGAUAAAACAGGUUGGAAUGGGAAGUCACCCGCUGUGGUUUACGCCUGCUCCAAGUGCUCCUUCCAUGACGCAACCGAGGCUAGCCUGCACCAGCACCUCAUGAAGAAUCACCCAGACGAAUUCAGCAGGCUCCUAUCGGCUGGCAUUCGCCAGACAACCGGUUCUAAGCCGCUAGCGAAGCAGACCUCUGAUGCCUCGGUGCAACAGAAACAGUCUCGCAAAAGGGACCCGGUACCGAAGACGUGUCCCGUGUGCUCAAAGACUUUCACCCGUGGCACGGACAUGAGGAGGCACCAGAAGAGCCACGUGGGAGAGCCUCUGCACUCCUGCCUUGGCUGCGGCAGAUGCUUUCUGCACCUCAGCUACCUGAAGAGGCACACUGCUGUGUGCAAGGAAAUUAUCCCUCAGCCACAUCAGGAACCUCUCCCUGAGCAAGUCGUCGAUAAGCCAGGCUCCACCGGUCCAAAUGAGGAAAGUACCAAAGUGCUGGACAACAGCACAGAGGUCCCACAGGACUCUGAGAACGCGCCUCAGGCAGCCGAGACGUCCACCUCCGCAGAGCAGCCAGAGAGUGAGAGCGCAGACCCAAGAUGGUGUCCUGUGUGUGGUGUGACUUUGGCACGUGCCUCCGACAUGGAGAGGCACAUGAGAUCUCACUCUGUGGAAAAGCCAUAUGAGUGUACGCACUGCUCCAAAAUGUACAGGUAUCCAUACAAUUUGAAGAAACAUGUUGACCUAUGUCACAAAGGGUUGGGCUUACCUGAAAAUGAACUUGCACAGAAUACUGACAAUGGUUCCGAGAUUACUCUGAAGGUCGAGUCAGGUCCAGUUCUUUCACCAGGUGACCUGCGGUCAAAAAUAUGUCCGACGUGUGGCAAAACGUUCACCCGAGCCACCGACAUGCGAAGACAUCACAGAUGUCAUGCAGUCCAUCGCUUUGAAUGCUCAAAGUGUGGCAAGGGCUUCCACUAUCCUUUUGACCUCAAGAAGCACGAGCAAAACUCCUGCGCCGAGCCCACCACCCAACCUCAGGCGGUGGCGUCUGCCAAGAAGCCAAUAAUCUGCGGUACGUGUGGCAAGAAAUUUUCCUUCCUGACUCACUUCCAGAGACACAUGAGGGCCCACCGGCAGGCCAACAUGCCCACCAAGCGAUGGCACAAGUGCGCCAAGUGCGAGGAGAUCUUCCGCACGCUGUACGACCUGGGCAAACACUCGCGCCGCCACUGGGGCGACGACCCUCUGCGAUGCACCCAGUGCGGCCGCCGCUUCUCCCACUCCAGUCAGCUGACCAGCCACAAGCAGAUCCACUCGCUGGUGUGCACCAUGAAGUGCACCAUGUGCGCGGAGAUGUACACCGACCUCGGCAGCUUCCGCCUGCACUACCUGCAAGCUCACAGCGUCAAGGGCGCCUACCCGUGCUCCCACUGCGAGAAGAGCUUCACCGAGCUCUGCCCGCUGGUGCGCCACGUGCGCACGCACACGGGCGAGCGCCCCUACCGGUGCCCGCAGUGCCCCAAGAGCUUCGCCACGCCCACCAAGCUGGCCCUGCACAGGCGGGCGCACGGCGAGCGGGCGCCGCGGGAGCGACGGCACCUGUGCCACCAGUGCGGCAAGUGCUUCUACACGCUGGCGGAGCUGACGCGGCACGAGGUGGUGCACCGCGAGGAGCGCCCGCACGCGUGCCCGCACUGCGCCAAGGCCUUCAAGCGGCCGCGCAGCCUCACGGCGCACCUGGAGAGCCACAUGGAGAGCGAGGUGCGCGUGCGCCACCCGUGCGACUACUGCAGCAAGAGCUUCAUGAAGGCGGCCACGCUGGUGCGCCACCACCGCAUCCACACCGGCGAGCGGCCGCACCGCUGCGGCGAGUGCAACAAGAGCUUCCUCACGCACUCCGAGGUGCUCAAGCACAUGCGCUUCCACACCGGCGAGAGGCCCUUCAAGUGCGAGCAGUGCGGCAAAGGCUUCACGCAGUCCUGCUACCUGACGGUGCACACGCGCUCGCACACGGGCGAGAAGCCGUACGCCUGCAAAGUGUGCGACAAGCGCUUCUCGGACAGUGCCCAUCGCAAGCGACACACGCUCAUACACACUGGAGAGAAGCCCCACGUCUGUGAAAAUUGUGGUGAGGCAUUCAACCGUAAGAACCUUUUGAAUGUUCACCUGAAGAGAUGCAGAUGAUUUGAUCGUUGAGUUACUGAAACAAGCACAGUCUGAGGAUUCAAGGACGCCCAUUGAUCUGAUUGCGCUCUUUUUUGUAGGCUUAGGAAUAGGAACACACACAAUUGCAGCUCAUGUUAUUUACUCUCCUGGGAAACUGAAAUUGAUAUACUUAUCAUUUUGUGGUUAUAUCUCAGAUUAGCCAUGCAAAUCAUUCACAUCAAUUACUCUCAAGCCAUGCCAAUGGACAUUGAAAUGAGAAUGUUUAAGUGAUUAUUUGGUUAUUUUGCCUAGGAAACAAAUGAUCCUAGGAAACGAAUGAUUUCCACUGUAAUUUGGUUUAGCAUACAGUAUUUCUGCAUUUAACUGUGCGAAUGUUUCUUGUCAUGGUUUCUUAAAAUAAACACUUUCAUCGCCAUAAUCUUCCUUUAUAAGAUAUUUGUUUAUUUAGCUCAAAGCUUUUGUGAAUUUGUCUCAUUAUUAUUUAUUAAAUGUUGGUCAGAGUUUGAUUUAAAGUUCAAGUUCAAGUUUAUUGACAUGUACUCAUAAAAAUAUAAUAGUAUAGUGUAAAAGUAAUGACAUUCAUUGUGCUCAAGUGUCCAGAAAUAAAUGAGAAAGAAUAAUAAACUAGAAAUGCAA